AUGGUGUCGAUCUACUCUGUCUCUCUUCUCUGUUUUGAUCCGGCCUUCUUCUCCGAUGGCAACUUGCAACACAAUGUCGUCGAUUUUUCAUACGUUAUCUUCAUCUAUCUCUGCGUCGUGACCUCUGAAGGUUUCAUAACCAUCAUCUUCUUUUUGUUUCAUCGAAGAACAUCUUCUAUUUCGAUUCGCCUCAAACUUACAGCGGAGAUCUUCCUCUCACAAAAUUAUUCUCCAAAGAUUUCCCAAACGAAAACCUUCCGUCGCGAUUUUACUGAACAAAUGGAGAAGAAUAAUCUAAAGAAACGUAGUACCUACCGAAAGAUAAGUCCUGAUGAUGAUGAAGUGCUUCAAAUAUUGAAGGUUUGUUGA